UCCUGCAGCUUGUUUGUUUUGUGAAACUACUACUCGUUAUCUAAGUCUGUUGCACUUGUUAAAGGCAGAUUUCCCAUAAAGCUUGUCCCAAGUAAGCUAGUCACGGCCUUGAGAACUGAGCUGCAGAGCAGAGAUCAUCUCAGAAACUUGAAGAUGAAGUGCCUUCUUCUGCCAACUCAAUUUGCAUUUCUCUAUAGCUUUGUUCUAAGCAAACCUGUCCAGAUAGCUACAAGAAACAAUGACUUAGACAGUAAAAUAGCUGUGCAUGAAGGAGACAUUCUCCUGAGAAGAGGACAACGCAGUGCAAUUAACUGUGAGAGCUGUUUAUGGCCCAAGUCGCAGGAUGGACUAGUCAAAGUUCCAGUUAACAUCUCCUCUGAUUUCUCAUUGGCAGAGAGGUCUUGGAUUGCUGAUGCUCUUCAAGAGGUCUCCACAUUGACCUGUGUCAAGUUUGUAAAUCGCACUACAGAAACAGACUAUGUAUAUGUUGAACGUGGGCAGAGCUGCUGGUCUUACUUUGGAAAAAUUGGAGGACGUCAAGCAGUAGGCCUGGUGAAAAAUGGCUGUAUGGAUAAAGGAGCGAUUCAGCAUGAAAUGAACCACGCGCUGGGUUUCAUCCACGAACAGGCACGGAGUGAUCGGGACAAGUUUGUCAAAAUUAUGUGGGAACACAUUACGGCAGGAGAACAAGGGAACUUUGGAAAAGUGAACUCCAAAAAUCUGGGCCUUCCCUAUGACUACUCUUCUGUGAUGCACUAUGGCGCGUAUGAUUUCUCCAGCACUCCUGGGAAACCAACUAUUGUACCGGUUCCUAACCCUUUGGUGCCCAUUGGGCAGAGAGAAGGGCUGAGUAACUUGGAUGUAGCUAAAAUCAACAAGCUCUACAAGUGCAAUUACUGUAGCACUGUACUGCCAAAAACCAAAGGCUCGUUCUCCUCCGUCAAUUACCCAUCCCCAUACCCAAACAACAGCAACUGCCUGUGGUUGAUCCGCAUCCGUCGGAAUAAGAUUUUCCUGCAGUUUGAGGCUUUUGAUCUCCAAACUUCCUCAGACUGUUCAUCUGACUAUGUAAAAGUUUACAGUGGAAACAGCAAGAACUCUCCUGUUUUGCUGGACAAAUACUGUGGGCAGGGGCCGCUGCCUUCCAUCGUUGCUUCAGGAUCAACAAUGCUGGUAGAGUUUGCAAGUGACGAGACUGUUACAGCCACAGGAUUCAGAGCCUCCUACAACAGGGUGAAUUGUGGAGGUACUUUCACAGACUCCAGUGGAAUCAUCACCUCUCCAAACUACCCCAAUAAAUACCCCAAAAACCGGGCAUGCUUCUGGGUCAUCAGCUCUCCAGUAGGAUAUAAGGUAUCUCUUAAAAUGUUAUUCUUUGAGCUGGAAGAUAAUGACAGAUGCAUCUAUGACUAUUUGCUCAUACACGAUGGAAGCCGACCUACAUCACCAGCAGCUGGCCCUUACUGUGGGACAAAGAAGGUUGCAGACUUCACUUCCACUGCAAAUUUUGUGCUGGUUGAAUUUCACAGUGACACAGUUUGGGAGUUGGCCGGAUUCAAGUUGAGCUAUACAUUUCAUAGGUAACACUACACAGACGGGGACUAGAAAAUGCAGGAUGAAAGUAUGAGAGCAACUAGCCUCUGCUUCUGAGGCUCUAAGCUUUUGUUAUAGUAAUUCCAUUGCUGGUAUUGCACGGCGAGAUGCAGUAGAAAAACAAACUAUGUAAGUAGAUUCUCAGUUACCCAUAGCAGUAGAAACCACCCAUGAAAAAUUUGGAAUACAGCUAUGGAGCAACUUGUAUUCCAGAGCCUGUGUUCUGACAAUUCCAUGUAACCCUAAUCUGCAUUCCAGUAUUCAUACAGAAAAACCUUCAGACAUUUGUUUAUGCUUUGAAGCCUAGCCUGUUUAUACAGUAGGUACAGGCACAGUGGUUAGCCUGGAAAUGACCACUUCACAUUGAAGAUGCAUGUUAACAUUCCUGUGCAGCAUUUCAACUCAAAUAACUGCAUUGCUUUCUUAACCAGAAACAGAACAGGGAACAGACUUGGCUGAAGAAACUUAAUGGCAGGAACAGACAGUGAGAGAGAAGGAAGGGAAGGAAGUACCUAUUGCUGCCACUUUGUAAGUAAGCCAUGAGUCAGGUAUUGAAAUCUUCCAUUGGGAUAUUAUGUGUUUGUUUUUUGUUUUGUUUUGUUUUGCUUUCCUUUCCUCAAAAUGAGGCCUGAAAACAUAACGGAAAGCUCUCUGAAUAGAAAUAGAGCCAAUAACUUUGGAGAAUAUCUUAUUAGGUGUGAAGUAUCUUGACUUUAGAGCAGUAUCUCCUAUCUCUUAUAAGUCGGAAGAAGAGAAAAAAAUCACUACUCUGGACAGAUAACAGUUUACUUUUACUUGGUAUGUUAAGAGUUAAAUGCCACUGCCAAGCUGGAAUGGGAUAAAAUGUAAUAAAUUUUCUUGCAGCAACUAUAUCUUUGUGAAGAAAAGCACAUAGAGAAUGCCAGUUCGAUUUCCCAGUGCCAGGAAGGCAGCUAAGAAAAUCCUGAAUUAUGGAGAUUUCUCUUUUUCUUUUUUUAAAGAUCUGUAAUAUUUUGCUUCUUAAGCACUGGAUAGUUUUUACCCUCAGAAUAAUAUCUGAUGUGCUGUGGGCAUAAAGGUCUAGAGCCUGGCUGCACUGUGGUAGGAAACUGCAUAUAAAGCCGACAACAAAUACUUGUAGCUGUUAUGAGCUGAUCUGGCUAUGCAAACUAUUGAGGAAAUCAAGCAAGGAGGAGACACUUGGGUGGCUGUAGCAUAAGCCUGGGAUAGUACCUGUUCGGUACUAUCUCCUUAUGUUACUAAUAAAAUGCUUUUUUCUUACUGUGUUUCUGCAUGGAGAAAUGCUGAUAUAGUAGAAUACAGUAUAUUCUCCCUUUUCAGCGUGGCAGGUAAUUUGGAUGCAGUACCUGAGGGCUGCACCUGUGCUAUAGCUGGAAGGAACUAGUCUGCCAAAAACCGGUGCUGUUUUUAACAAGCUGCAACAGGCAAAACUCAUCAAAUAUGGCUCUGGGUGCCUAAGUACUUUGGGUAUCAUUCAGGAUGGAAACUCCAUGAUCUUCCCUCCAAAGUUUUUAAAAGUAUGAUGCCAUCAUGAACUGAACUGCUGAUCACAAAGAGCUAAGGAGAGCUAGAGGAACCCAACCUCAAAGACAAUAAUGUUUUGCAUGGCAUGUAUGUAUGUACAAAUGUAUGUCUUCCAGUUCAACCUCAUAUCCUGCUGGAUUUAUGUUCUCUGUACAAACUUGGAAUACAGAUUGUGUGUGUUCAUGGAAGAGGGGAGAAGGCAAUUCUGAUAUCUUAACCUAAACAUCAAACUGUACGAAUGCUAAUUCUCUCUGGGUCAGACUUUCAAGGAGGAACUAAAGUAAUAAUCCCCAGUGCAAACUUGCAUGGAUGCCUAGUUUAAAUAUGCAGUGCUGACAGCUUUGAUGGUAACUUCAGUACUAUUUCAGAUUUUCUUUUCAUAGCCUAAUGUGGGGCUCUACUAUCAGGCUUCCUAGGUCCAGAUUUUUAACAUUCAUAAAUUCAAAAGAGAAGCAUGAACAAUUCAUGAAACAGUAAUUUACUGCAUAUAGGAAUUCUAGUCUUGCAACUAGUCCCUAGGAAUAUAGUAUUAAGAAGCAAUCUCAGAUGUGGGAAUGUGGCAUGAGCAGGGUGCUUUAUUUGUAGGCAAGCCUUUCUUGCAGGCAAGUCAUAAGCCCUAAGGGGCAGGCAGCCUGGCUAUAAAAAUUCCACCCUCAUUUGGUUUGAAAGUAUGAAUUCAACAGUACUGAUGUAGGCUGCAUUCAGGAAUGUAUUUUCUGAAAUACGUUAUUCAUAAGUUCCCUCUUUCAUAGGAAGGGCUUUUCUGUCUGAAGUCUAAGAUUUCCACAUUUCAUCAGUUAUGUUAGGAGUCAUUGUUAACUGCUUUCCUUAAUGAACAUGCAGAUUUACAGGAGCUUCCACAAACGCUCCAGACUAUCUGCCACUCCCUUCUGCAGAUAUCAAAAGCUUCAAUGUUUCUCCAACUGUUUUUUGAAUUCCUGCCAGCAGACUUCAGUUAAUUUUGUCAUUUUGCUGUAAAUUUGCAGCCUGCCAAACAGGGAAACACAACAUAGAAAACAUUCUUCUGAUACUAUCGUUCGUUUUCACCCUCCAUUAGCUGUGAAUCUUAAAUGGAGGAUUUAUACACUUCGGACACCUGCUACAAGCUUAGGUAUGCUCAACUGCAUAGCAGAAGAGGACAUGCAUUUAAAAGACAAUUAUCAGCUCAGAAUGCGCAUUGCCCAUGUGUAAUAAUGAGGUAGAGACUUACUAUUAAUGUUCAGUUUCUGAGAUACAUGAAUUAAUAUUCACCAAACAAUAGACACCAGGGACAUAAUGGCCAAAGGUUUAGGAUUCAAAUAUCAGCACUGAUUUUGAGAGGUUCUAAUCAAAGUUCAUCAGGUACUACAUACAGCUUAUAAAACCAACACGUAAGGAUUUAAUCUUAAAAAAAAAUAGAGUAGCAGCUGUAAUGAAUACAUAUAUACACACAUAUUCAUGUGUAUAUACAAACCUUAUAACACAAGCAGUUGUUACAUAAUAGAUCUGUGCUCAAAUACAGCCAUUUCCAUCAGCCUAUGCAUGUGGAAAAGAUGAGAGGAGUGUUUGUGCCCAAGUAUCCCAAUCUUACCUGCUCUGGGACUGUCCUGGCUCCUAUCUGGGAGGUGAGUCAGGGCCUUUGAGCAACAGGCUUUCCUAAUCUGUAAAACCAGAACAGAGAUUUGUCAAUCACUUCUGUUGAGACAAAAGCAGCCUGAAAUAAAGCUCUACAAAAAUGCACAGAAAAAAAUCUACUAGUCCUAGGUUUAUUUUUGUUGUUAAAGUGCAUUUCCGUGCCAUAAGUAACUGUGGUCAAGACAGCAUUCACUUGGACUUGGACUACACUUCACUUGGACUACAAUACCAAGAAAACAAGACUAAGACUGAAAACAUGGGUAGCUUUGGCACGCGGAUAGUUCCUCAUCUGGACAAAAACUGAAACUCAGGUUCCAGAUUCCAAUUUGGUGAUGCUUUGCUGCUUCUGUCACAUUGAACCCC